GCUAAGUACUACAAGAUGGACAACGGGACAGAUUACCGUACUCUACUCAAGGCCUAUGCCAUCAGGUUUGAUGUGCUGGUCAAUGGUAAUGCAGGGAAGUUUAACAUGAUCCCGACUCUGAUCAACAUGGUAGCUGCCUUUACGUCAGUUGGAGUGGGCACCGUGCUUUGUGACAUCAUACUCUUGAACUUCCUGAAGGGAGCAGAGCAAUACAAGGCCAAGAAGUUUGAGGAGGUAUCAGACACGCAGAUCGAGAACUCCUUAUCCAGCAAUGGGCUGUAUCGGAGUAGGGAGUUCAUUGGAGUAGAGAAGCAGUCAAACGACUCAGGGGCCUUUUCCAUUGGGCAAUACGGCUAACGGACAGCCAAUGGAAUGGAGUGUUUGAGGGGGAAAGGGGUGGGUGGUGGCAAUUUGGGAAGUUUGGCUGCAAAUGUUGGUUUAGG